UCUCUCUGCUACAUGCUACGGUCUGGUUUGAAUGCGGUUUGCGUUCUGCGUGCAUUUUAUAGUUAGAGUUUCUGCGGAAGCUUGUUAUGAUUGUCACGAAUUUUUGCAUCUGUCGAAGAAGCCGAUGACUCGCUAAUUUACUUAUGUGGUUUUAUAUUAAUAUUUUACUAAACAAUUGUUAAUAUAUAAUGGCGUCAGGAUUGGAAAGCUACAUGAAUCAUACGGUUUCAAUUAUCACUUCGGAUGGUAGAAAUUUUAUUGGCACAUUAAAAGGUUUCGAUCAGACUAUCAACAUAAUUCUUGAUGAAUCACAUGAACGGGUAUAUAGUACAACACAGGGGGUGGAACAAGUUGUCUUGGGUUUACAUAUUAUCAGAGGAGAUAAUGUAGCAAUAGUAGGAGAGUUAGAUGACGAGAUGGAUGCACGAUUGGAUCUAUCAUCGAUACGUGCUGAUCCUCUAAGUUCUAUUAUACAUUGAUAAAUGUACCUGGAAUUGUAAUUAUAAUCGACGCUCAUUUUCAUUCUAAUUUUGAAAUAACUAUUGAUGGCAUUAGAAAAAAAGAAGAUUACAACUCUUCUUAGAAGUUGUAUAUCAUAUAAAAAUUUGUCAUUUCUCAUAUAUAUGAGAUAUAUAUAUACAUAUAUACAUAAGUUAUCAUAUAGUUGUAUUUCAAAAAGUGCACAGAAUUAAUAUAGUAAUAUUUACAUCAUCGAGAUAAAGCAGUAAGAAUUUGCGUUUGAAACAAUUGUCAUCUGUACAAAAAACUUACUAUAUAUUAGUAAACUUAUUCUUUACAAAUGUAAUUUUGCUCUGUAUAAUAUAAUAAUAUAGCGAUAGAUGAAAAUAUAAUUGCAUCAUAGAUUAACAUCGAAUAACAUCUAAAUAAUUCAAUAAA